ACAUGACUUUCCGAAUACAGCCGGAGAAUCUGUAGUGGGAGCGGAGACUCGGAACGGAUGCGGAAGCAACGGACGAUACGGAGAGAAAUUUGUUUACAAAACGGAGUUGACUUAUGGUUAAAAGUUAAAAAGUGAGAGUGAGCAAAGACGUGACUGAUGAAUCCGACAGGAAACUGUGGGUGACAUCUGUUAAUCGGAGGCGAGGGAUCACUCUGGAAGACCAAACACUCUGACCCACACUCCAGCAUAGUAGGAGGCGGUAAUGCGCCUUUAACGUUAGGUGCCACCCGCCAUUGAAGAAGAAGAAGAAGAAGAAGAAGAAGAAGAAGAAGAAGAAGAAGAAGAAGAAGAAGAAGACUCUGAAUCUGAAUCUGUAGUGCGGCUGCGCAUUUUACGUGCCGUAAAGCGUUUACUGUCGCGCAUGCGUGGCUCACACGUACACCGCUCGUGAUAGUGGGUUGAGAUCAUUUUUCGCACAGAUCGUCCAGAAAAAUCGAAGGUGCAAUGACCCGCCAUGGAAAGAAUUGCACGGCAGGAGCUGUUUACACGUACCACGAGAAAAAGAAGGACACAGCUGCAUCUGGUUAUGGCACUCAGAGCAUUCGAUUGGGCAAAGAUGCUAUCAAAGACUUUGACUGCUGCUGCCUGUCCCUUCAGCCCUGUCAGGAUCCUGUGGUGACUCCAGAUGGAUUCUUGUAUGACAAACAGGCCAUUCUUGAAUACAUUCUACACCAGAAGACAGAAACUGCCAAAAAAAUGAAGCUGUAUGACAAGCAGAAAAGGGCACAGAAGAGCAGCAGCCAGCUUGAGUCCAAGUCGGAGGAAAGGGAGAGAGUGGAGAAGUUUAAAACCAGGGAGAACAGCAUCGUUUCCAAACCCAUCAACCCAUUUAUAUCUGGGCAGAACACAGGAAUUGAAAAGGGCAGGACAGAAGGCAGCUCAGUAGAAUCCUCCACUGUCUCCUCAGCUUCAACUUCCAGCCAGAGCCUUCCCAGUUUCUGGAUCCCCUCUCUGACUCCAGAGGCCAAGCCCACUCUGCUCAAGAAACCAAGUAAGGCUGUCUUAUGCCCCAUGUCAGGACGACCCAUUAAGAUGAAUGAACUUGUCACAGUGCGCUUCACCCCAGUGGACCCAAGCCUGGGCCGAGUGGCCUUGCUCAUCCACCAGGACAGGUAUGUAUGUGCAGUAACCAGAGACGUCCUCGCCAACAGUGUUCCCUGCGCUGUUCUGCGACCCUCGGGUGCAGUGGUGACUCAGGAGUGUGUGGAGAAGUUGAUCAAGAUGGACAUGAUUGAUCCUGUGACGGGAGACAAACUGUCUGACAGAGAUAUCAUACCACUUCAGAGGGGUGGAACUGGCUUUGCUGCCUCAGGGGUUGACCUCAGUGCCAAAGAGGCUCGUCCAGUGAUGCAAGUGUGAGACAAUGGAGGAUCUGGGGAACGCGUGAACAUGUGUCCAAGGCACACACUCCGAUGGCCUAUGUCAUUUGCUGGCAUAUUUUUUCUCUUCCUGAAGCAUUUUUUUUUUUUCAUUUAAUAUAACAGUUAAAUAAAUGGUUCGAUACCUUUUA